AUGGUGCUUUCAUUUAUCUUGGUGCAAAACCGGCAGGGCAAGACGCGGCUUGCCAAAUGGUAUGCACCGUACACUGAUGAAGAGAAGAUAAAGCUCAAAGGAGAGGUCCACCGCCUUGUUGCGCCGCGAGACCAGAAAUACCAAUCCAACUUCGUCGAGUUCAAGCGCAGCACUAAGAUCGUGUACCGACGAUAUGCAGGGUUAUUUUUUUGCGUGUGUGUCGAUGCGAACGAUAAUGAGCUGGCGUACCUUGAGGCCAUACACUUCUUCGUUGAGGUUCUGGACCAGUUCUUCGGGAAUGUGUGCGAGCUGGAUCUGGUGUUCAACUUCUACAAGGUAUAUGCGAUUCUAGACGAGGUCUUCCUCGCCGGUGAAAUCGAGGAGACCAGCAAGCAGGUCGUGUUGACCAGACUGGAGCACUUGGAUAAACUGGAAUGA